AUUGUAAAAGAUUCUUCGCUUUAAUCGGUUUUGUCACUAAACUGAAACCAAACGUGUGUGAUUAUCGAUGGAAGUGACAAAUCAUUAUUUUCUACUCACAAGUAGCCCGACAAAACUAUCAGUUCCUAAAAUAAUUUGGAAUCCUUAUCAGAGAAGAAUUCAACACUCACCCUCAAGCUCUUGCCGAUUGCCAAUCAAUUUAUCAUUUUCAAAAUCAGAUCUUUUGUCAUUUGUCACUAAAAGAUAAGGUUAGCCAUAUCCACAAGCUCUGAUUUCACUCUCCAAGUCCACGUUAAAGCCACACGACCAUCCUCUUCUCUUCAAUAUCCCAACCUCUCACCAUCACCAUCCCAUUUCAGCAGCAAAAUGACCACCACCACCACUGCACUUUGCAGCCCCAUUACCUCCUUCCUCGGCACGGCGAGGCCGAGGCCGGUCUCCAAUGUGGGCGAAGGCCUGUUCGGGCUGCAGAAGGGCUGCAGCCGCAGCGGGCGAGUGACGGCGAUGGCAACCUACAAGGUGAAACUAAUAACACCAAGUGGAGAGAAAGUGGUCGACUGUUUAGACAGUGAUUACAUUCUAGAUGCAGCAGAGGCUAAAGGGUUGGAACUUCCACACUCGUGCAGAGCAGGAGCAUGUUCUUCUUGUGUUGGGAAACUAAAAUCAGGGAAACUGGAUCAAUCAGAUGUUAGUUUCCUUGAUGAGGAUCAGAUUGAAGAAGGCUGGGUUCUUACUUGCCUGGCUUCUCCCAUGUCUGAUGUUGUCAUUGAGACCCACAAGGCAGAGGAGUUUCCUGGUUAAGAGAGAGUGAAGAAGGAGAAGGACUUCAUCUCAUCAGUCAUUUGGGUUCAUUUUCACUUCUUUAGCUUAAUGAUUCAAGAGGAUUAAUAAAACUCUGUUUCUUUCUCUCAAGUGUUUGUAUGUGGGGUUUCAAAGUUUUCACGUUCUUGUUUUGGUUUCCUGUAUAUUUCUAUGGGUCUACCUUUGUUCUCACUGA